CUCUUGAAGCAGUUGGCGGUGCUGUUAUCUCUUCUUUCCUCCAGGUGGCUUUUGAAAGGCUGGCUUCCCGCGAAGUGCUUGACUUCUUCCGAGGCAGGAGACUGGACCAGACGUUGCUGGACAAGUUGAAGAUCUGUAUGUUAUCCCUCAAUGCUGUGAUUGACGAUGCAGAGCAAAAGGAGAUCACCAAUACAAAUGUGAAAGCUUGGCUUGAUAUGGUCAAAGAUGCUGUUUAUGAUGCUGAGGAUGUCCUUGAUGAGAUCGACUACGAAAAAAAAAGCGUGCGGUGGAAGGUAAAUCACAAUCUGGUCCUGUGACACGCGAGGUACGAAACUUCUUAUCUGGUUCUGCUAGUUUAUUUGACAAGCAAAUCGAAUCAAGGAUCAAACAAGUCCUUCACACCCUAGAAUAUCUUGAAAGUAAAAAGGAUAUACUAAGAUUGAAAGAAGCCGGAGGUGCAAGUGUUGGACCAGUGAGAAAGGUUCCGACAACUUCUUUGGUGGAUGAAACGAGAAUUUAUGGUAGAAAUGAAGAUAAAGAAGCGAUCAUUCAUGAGUGGUUGCUAUCAGAAAAUGACAAUAGCAAUCAGUUAUCCAUCCUUUCCAUAGUGGGUAUGGGAGGGUUAGGUAAGACCACUCUUGCGCAGUAUGUUUACAAUGAUGUGAGGGUGCAAGAUGGAUUUAAGCUCAAAGCAUGGGUAUGCGUUUCAGAUGACUUUGAUGUUACAAGGGUGACUAGAGCCAUUAUUGAGGCCAUUACUUUGUCUAAUGACGAUAGUAAAGAUCUAAAUGUACUACAAAAUAAAUUGAAGGAGAUGUUAACAGGAAAGAAAUUCUUUCUUGUUUUGGACGACCUUUGGAAUGAAAAAUUUAUUGAAUGGGAGGCCUUACAAACUCCUUUCAAAUUUGGGGCUUCUGGAAGCAAAAUUUUAAUAACCACCCGCAGUGACAUUGUUUCUUCAACUGUGCGCUCAACUAAAACACAUUCAUUGAUAUAUUUAAAAGAAGAAGAUAGUUGGUUGUUGUUCAAAGAAUAUGCUCUGUCCAAUGGAGAUGCUCAUUUUUCAAAUGUUGAUAUUGAAGCGAUUGGCAGAGAAAUUAUUAAAAAAUGCAAGGGGUUGCCUUUAGCGUUAAAGACAGUUGGGAGCUUACUGCACACAAAAUCAUCUAUUGAGGAAUGGAAUGACAUUUUGAGAAGUGAAAUAUGGGAGGAGGGUAAAGACAUUAUUACCUCGGCUUUAAGAUUGAGCUAUCAUCACCUUCCUUUUCUUUUCAAGAGAUGCUUUGCUUAUUGUUCCAUAUUUCCCAAAGAUUAUGAAUUUAGCAAAGAGCAUCUCAUUGAGUUGUGGAUGGCUGAGAAUUUUUUUAGUGCACAACAAAGAAAAGACUUAAAGGUUGUUGGAGAUCAAUUGUUUCAUGAUCUUUUGUCAAGAUCAUUUUUUCAACACUCAAGUGGAGAUAAAACGUGUUACGUCAUGCAUGAUCUUAUUCAUGAUCUGGCAAAGAAUGCUUCUGGGGACUUUUGUUUUAGGUUGCAAGAAGCUAAAGCACAAAACCCCUUGAAAGUUACCCGCCACUUUUCAUAUAUUCAAGAGAAUUUCGGUGAUUCUGCUAGAAAAUUUGAAAUUAUAAGCAAUGCAGAGAAAUUGCGCACUUUCAUGCAUGAUUUGUCGUCUGAUCCUUUUUUGUUUGUGUCCAACAAUAUGAUACAAGAUUUGUUGCUCAUAUUUAGGUGCUUGCGUGUCUUAAAUUUGUCAGGAUACAGCAAUAUCAUUAAAUUGCCCAAGUCUAUCGGCAAGCUUAAGCAUCUACGUUAUUUGAAUCUUUCAAAAACCGGUAUAAAAAGACUACCCAAUUCAAUAUGCUCACUUUAUAACUUGCAAACGCUGAAGUUGGGGUUUUGUAAGGAUUUGGAAGAAUUGCCGAAUAAGUUGCACAAACUCAUAAAUUUGCGACACCUUGAUUUCUGUGAAACUAAGGUGAAAAAUAUGCCGAAGAGAAUGGGGGAAUUGAGAAAUCUUCAAGUUUUAUCAUCAUUUGUUGUGGGCGAUUGUGAAGAGACUGGCAUCAAGCAGUUAGGAGAUCUUGAUCUUGGAGGAGCAUUGUCUAUUUUAGAUUUACAAAAUGUAACAGAUUCCAAGGACUGUUUAGUUGCCAAUUUGAAAAAUAAAAGACACCUUGAGGAGUUAGCAUUUGGGUGGAGCAUGAAGAAUGGAGAAUCUCACAAAGGAAGUGACGUGCUCGAGAACCUGCAACCUCCCCAAAACUUAAAAAAGUUGUCAAUUAGCAACUUUGAAGGUCCCAGUUUUCCAAAUUGGUUAACAGAUAAUACAUUAUCAUUUAUAGUGUCGUUAGAGUUGAUGGAUUGUAAAUAUAGUUCAUCCUUGCCAUCAUUGGGUCUGUUGUCAACUCUCAAGUCACUCUCAAUUGUGGGCCUUGAUAGUGUUGUGGCCGUUGGUCCUGAAUUUUAUGGGAAUGAUUUUUGUACGACUCCAUUUGUAUCCCUUGAGAUCCUUAGAUUUGAGGAAAUGAAGGGAUGGGAGAAAUGGAAUUGUGAAGAUGUACAUGGUUCUUUCCCAUGUCUGCAAGAGUUUUAUUUAAAAGGAUGUCCCAAGUUGAGAGAGCUGCAAAUUCCGGCACAACUUCCUUCUUUAACAUCGCUAAUCAUCUCUAAUUGCAAGCAGCUGGUGGCUUCACUUUUGCGGGCUCCAUCUGUUCAUGAAUUGAUGCUAUUAAACUGUGGAAAGGUGCAAUUGGAAUGCCUUCCAUCAACUCUAAAAGUUCUCCGCAUCGGGGAACCCUUCACAAAAUGCUUUUCGGCUGAAAUGUUUGAGAAUAUGGUUGCCCAUACUUGCCUUGAAAACUUGGUAAUUGCAGAUUGCUCUUCUCUGGGAUUUCCAUUGCCGCAUGGUCAUAAUUUCCUUCAAAGAAUAUCGAUAUGCAACUGUGACUCCCUAAGGACCUUCCCUCUUGAUUUAUUCCCCGAGCUUAAGAUAUUAGAAUUAAAGCAAUGUGAUAAUCUUGACACAUUAUCUGUUGGUGAGGGGCAAGAUCAUCGUGGAACUUCCCUUCUGUCUUUGAAACUGAUCGAGUGCCACAAAUUUGAAUCAUUUCCGAAAGGAGGAAUUUCUGCCCCCAAAUUGAAUGAAUUUUAUGUAGAAGGACUACAGAGUUUAAAAUCACUUCCAAAGCGAAUGCACAUCCUCUUUCCAGCAUUGAGGGCUCUAGAGAUAUUGGACUGCCCACAAGUGGAGUCAUUUUCUGAGGGGGUUUGCCAAGGAAUGUGAAGGUUCUUUUUAUCAAGGGAAGCCAGAAACUGGUGGUGUCUCGAAGAGAGUGGGGCUUGCACAAUCAUACUUGCCUACAAUUUUUGAGAAUUCAAGAUGAAGAAGCCGAGUGUCUUCCCGAACCAGACUUAUUGCCACCUACUCUUACUCUUCUUGUUAUUGAAGGGUGUUUCAAUCUUAAAACACUGGAUUAUAAUGGUCUUCGCCACUUGUCAGCUUUGCAGCAAUUACAUCUGAUAGUGUGUCCUAAACUCAAAUGCUACCCAAAGGAGGGUUUGCCCACUUCCAUUCAUACUCUACAUGUUAUGAGCUGUCCAAAGCUUAAAAAGCGGUGCCAAAAGAAAAAAGGCAGAGAGUGGUCAAACAUUGCUCACAUCCCCCUCAUUACUUUUGAUGAUGAUGUACUCACUUGAAUUGCUGAAUCACAAGGGUCUUCAACAUCAAAUUGGGUAGCCUCAUCAGUUGUCAACUUUGAAGUGAAACAUUUACCGAGCCUGAACAACAUUAGUCACCUUUCUUUCCGUUGACAAACUCUCAUAAAUGGUGCAAUGGACAGACAAAUUCUUCUGAUAUUUAUUCUUAGAUGGUGAACACAGUCUGCACAUUUGAGGCUAUAAUAGUUGGUUCAUUGAUCGAAAAGAUAUGGUUGCAUAGGGGAAGAAAUCACAUUCCCUGCUUACUAAUUGAUAGUGAUUGGAGUCACAAAUCAUCAAUGAGAUCAUUACCAGCUCUAAUUGCUUAGCGAAGUAUCAGCAAAACGGUGGAAAAGCAUGCCGGUGCACUGCAAUAGAUUACCCACAUGUAUUUAACUACAGGGGAAUUCUCAGCUUAAAGUGCAGGGGACAAAUGCAAAAUAGCAAAAUAUGACAUUUCUUAUCUGUCAUGUUAUAUAAAACAAGUAAUCUUUUUGCAAUAAGUCCAUAUUUCUUGGUAAACGCUCAAAACCAGAGAAAGGGGAAGAACAUGAAUAGAGUCCUGAUCUUCUCUCUGAAGGAUGACAGAUUUAUUGUCAAGGCAAGGAAGCUGAGCAGCAAAACUGGACUGCCUAGUGAUGAAAUCCCAAUAGGGUAGAAGCCAAUAUCAAAAGCCACCAAUGGUAUGAAAUUAUGAAGGCUAGGAGGUUGAUGAUAGAAUUCAAGCUCUCCAACAACAUGAAAUCCAUCCACCACAGCAACUUCUAUGAAGCUUUUUCUCCAAUUGACAAAGUACGUUCAAAGCUGUCAAAAUCUGUGUUCUUAUUGAAUCUUGACUAUCUCUGAUAUUUUCUCAUUCUUGUAUUGUCAUUUUAUUGUUUCCAAACACUUCUUUUUCUAUGGUUACAAAGAGGAAUCAAAAGGUUUCAUUCUUGUGGCAUCAACUUCCCUUCUUGUUGGAAUAAAAAAAAAAAAAAGUAAAUACAGUUGUUUUAGUUUGCCUUUAGAUCAAGUUGUAAACAUGGAUUGUGCCUAUUUUGGGUUACUGGGCUUACUGUUAUAGCACGCCCCAUGCUAAAAGAUCUUGUUCUUUCUAUUUAGCAUGCAUGAUAGAAGAAUAUGCAAUGUGCUUCCUUGCUUUUCAAGGUUCUCCUUUGCAGGAUUUUCUAGUGGCUAUAUGUAUAUAUAUGUGAUAACGAUAUGACAUCAUACAGAUAUGCUUAUAAAGACUUGCAAGUUCAAUAA